AUGGCGACCAGUGCCACUAAUCCUGCUCUGGAUCCGGAUCUAGACCAACCAGACAACCCGAAUCACGAGUUCGCUCAAUUUGGAGCUGGAUGCUUCUGGGGAGUUGAGCUUGCCUUUCAGAGACUACCUGGGGUGGUAAAAACUGAAGUGGGCUACUCUCAGGGUCACGUCCCUGAUCCAACUUACAAUCUGGUAUGCACCAACACCACCAACCACGUUGAAGUUGUUCGGGUCCAAUUUGACCCCGAAGUUUGCCCAUAUACCAACCUCCUCUCUCUUUUCUGGUCUCGCCAUGAUCCCACCACCCUCAAUCGCCAGGGUGGCGAUGUGGGUCCACAGUAUAGAUCAGGAAUAUACUACUACAACGAGGCUCAAGCUAAGUUAGCCCAGGAAUCAAAGGAAGCUAAGCAGUUGGAAUUGAAGGAUAAGAAGGUUGUGACAGAAAUUCUGCCUGCUAAGAGGUUUUACAGAGCUGAAGAUUACCAUCAGCAGUAUCUGGAAAAAGGUGGAGGUGGAGGUGCUAAACAGUCUGCUGGAAAAGGUUGCAAUGACCCUAUUAGAUGCUAUGGUUAA